CCACAUAAUAAUUAUAGAACACAAACAAAAUUAAAUAGCAUAAACCACUUUCUUCUAAACCAAAAUGAAGUCUUUUUCUUUGUUGUCACCUACACUUUUAUACCUUCAUCCCCUUUUUAUGCUUACCUUAAAUUUAAUGUGGUUUGGUCCAAACAAAAUUAGGGCAUUGGCUGCAAUAGGAAACCAAACUGAUCAUUUGGCAUUGCUCAAAUUCAAAGAAUCAAUUUCCAGUGACCCAUACAAUGCUCUUGAAUCUUGGAAUUCUUCCAUCCAUUUCUGCAAGUGGCAUGGAAUCACAUGCAGCCCCAUGCAUGAACGAGUUACAGAGUUGAGCCUAAAAAGAUAUCAGUUACAUGGAUCUUUAUCUCCCCAUGUUUGCAAUCUCACUUUUCUGGAAACUCUCGACAUUGGAGACAACAACUUCUUUGGAGAAAUUCCUCAGGAUUUGGGUCAGUUGCUACAUUUGCAACACCUUAUUCUCACCAAUAAUUCUUUUGUAGGUGAGAUUCCUACAAACCUGACAUAUUGCUCCAAUCUCAAGUUAUUGUAUUUGAAUGGGAACCAUCUCAUUGGUAAAAUACCAACUGAAUUCGGCUCUUUGAAAAAGCUUCAAUCAAUGUUUGUUCGGAAUAACAAUUUAACCGGAGGAAUCCCUUCAUUCAUUGGAAAUCUUUCAAGCUUAACACGUCUGUCAGUUUCUGAAAACAAUUUUGAGGGAGAUAUUCCACAAGAAAUAUGUUUCCUCAAACACUUGACAUAUUUAGGUUUGAGUGUCAACAAUUUGUCCGGUAAGAUUCCUUCUUGUCUUUAUAAUAUCUCAUCACUUAUUACACUUUCGGCAACACAAAAUAACUUGCAUGGCUCUUUUCCACCCAACAUGUUCCACACCCUCCCCAAUCUUAAAUUUUUACAUUUUGGAGGAAAUCAAUUCUCUGGUCCAAUUCCUAUUUCGAUUGCUAAUGCUUCUACCCUACAAAUAUUAGACUUAUCAGAAAACAUGAAUUUGGUUGGACAAGUUCCAAGUCUAGGGAAUUUACAAAAUCUUUCCAUUCUAAGUUUGGGAUUCAACAAUUUAGGUAACAUUUCAACUAUGGAUUUAGAUUUUUUAAAAUAUUUGACAAAUUGCAGUAAACUAAAUGUGCUUUCGAUAGCUGGAAAUAAUUUUGGUGGUCAACUGCCAAAUUCCAUAGGCAAUUUUUCCACUGAACUUCAACAACUAUUUAUGGGGGGUAAUCAGAUAUCAGGAAAAAUUCCUGCAGAAUUAGGAUAUCUAGUUGGCUUAAUUCUCUUGACCAUGGAGUCUAACUACUUUGAAGGAAUUAUUCCAACUACUUUUGGGAAGUUCCAAAAGAUGCAGCUAUUACGUUUGAGGAAAAACAAGUUGUCAGGAGAUAUUCCACCCUUCAUAGGCAAUCUCAGUCAGUUGUUUAAAUUACAAUUAAAUCAUAAUAUGUUUCAAGGAAGUAUUCCUCCAAGCAUUGGAAACUGUCUACAUUUACAAUAUCUAGAUCUUUCUCAUAAUAAGCUUAGAGGAACCAUACCUGCAGAGGUUUUAAAUCUUUUUUCUUUAUCAAUGUUAUUGAACUUGUCACAUAACUCUUUGAGCGGUACUUUACCAAGAGAAGUGGGUAUGUUAAAAAAUAUUAAAGGAUUAGAUGUCUCUGGGAAUCAUCUAUCUGGUGAUAUUCCGAUAGAAAUUGGUGAAUGUACAAGCAUAGAAUAUAUUCUUUUGCAAAGGAACUCCUUCAACGGAACAAUACCGUCCUCUUUGGCUUCUCUUAAAGGUCUUCAAUAUUUAGACUUUUCAAGAAAUCAAUUGUCUGGAUCAAUUCCUGAUGGUAUGCAAAAUAUCUCAUUUUUGGAAUAUUUUAAUGUUUCUUUUAACAUGUUGGAAGGAGAGGUACCGACAAAUGGUGUAUUUGGAAAUGCAACGCAAAUAGAAGUGAUUGGAAACAAAAAGCUCUGUGGAGGUAUUUCCCACCUGCAUCUACCACCGUGCCCUAUCAAGGGUAGGAAACAUGUAAAACAACACAAGUUCAGGUUGAUAGCAGUGAUAGUUAGUGUGGUUUCUUUUAUUCUCAUACUUUCAUUUAUCAUAACUAUCUACAUGAUGAGUAAAAUAAAUCAAAAGAGAUCUUUUGAUUCACCAGCAAUUGAUCAACUAGCUAAGGUUUCGUACCAAGAAUUACACGUAGGAACCGAUGGAUUCUCAGAUAGAAACUUGAUCGGAUCAGGAAGUUUUGGUUCCGUAUACAGAGGAAAUAUAGUUUCAGAAGAUAAUGUUGUUGCAGUAAAGGUCUUGAAUCUGCAAAAAAAGGGUGCUCACAAGAGUUUCAUUUUAGAAUGUAAUGCACUCAAAAACAUUCGACACCGAAAUUUGGUUAAGGUUUUAACAUGUUGUUCUAGCACAAAUUACAAAGGUCAAGAAUUUAAAGCUCUAGUUUUUGAAUACAUGAAAAAUGGAAGCUUAGAACAAUGGUUACAUCCCGAGACUUUGAAUGCAAAUCCUCCAACAACAUUGAACCUUGGUCAUAGAUUAAACAUCAUCAUCGAUGUUGCUUCUGCAUUACAUUAUCUUCAUCGAGAAUGUGAGCAAUUAGUCUUUCAUUGUGAUAUAAAGCCAAGCAAUGUCCUUCUUGAUGAUGACAUGGUUGCUCAUGUGAGUGAUUUUGGCAUAGCAAGACUUGUCUCAACAAUUUCUGGUACCUCUCAUAAGAAUACUAGCACAAUUGGAAUAAAAGGAACAGUUGGUUAUGCUCCUCCGGAGUAUGGGAUGGGUUCAGAAGUAUCCACUUGUGGUGACAUGUAUAGCUUUGGAAUCCUUAUGCUGGAAAUGCUUACUGGUAGAAGACCCACUGAUGAACUUUUUGAAGAUGGUCAAAAUCUGCAUAACUUUGUUACAAUUUCAUUUCCUGAUAAUCUUAUAAAGAUUUUGGAUCCACAUCUUUUACCAAGAGCUGAAGAAUUAGGAGCAAUAGAAGAUGGAAAUCAUGAGAUUCAUAUUCCAACUAUAGAAGAGUGCUUAGUUUCACUUCUUAGGAUUGCACUUUUAUGUUCUUUGGAAUCACCAAAAGAAAGAAUGAAUAUUGUGGAUGUCACUAGAGAGCUUACCACAAUCCAGAAGGUCUUUCUAGCUGGUCUUGAACAAAAUUUCUAAGUCGUUUGUGCAAAGAGAAAAUGGUUAAGAAAAUGAAUGGUCCGCUGGAAUCACAUGCGGCAAUGCUUAGUUUACUAGUUUGUUAUUCUCUAAAUGCUUUGUGUUCAACGUAUAUUUGUUUGCAACAUAAUAGUUGUUAUAAAUAAAGAAUGUUUUCUGUAUUGCUUUCUAA